AUAGAUACGUUCACUCUAUGGUCAUUACUCCCUUCAAAUUCUCGUGUCACAUACAACUUCAGAAAUAUAUCUUAUAGUAUAGGGCAUAAUAGUCGGUAAUGCUAUUUUCAGAUCGAGUGAUCUAGACUUCAGGACUUCAAUCGAUGCAACAGUCCCGUCGUGCCGACGUGUAUAAUUGAAAUGUUACAUGACAUGACGUGAACGAGUAGCUAAGAUUUCUUACGCAAACCAUUACUUAUCUCUCUUGGCUGCUGCAGUGCAACAACCUUCCAGGAUUUCCAGACAUCCGAAGAUGUUCACCUCUAAUAUCGAGGAAGAGCGUGAAAAAAAUAUCAUUCGGACUGAUCUUAUAUGGAGGGAACAAGUCUGGAUUUAUCUGCCUUCUUAUAUUGAUUGAUUCUUUCAAAUAUUAUCAAAAACUACACGAGAUCAACAAGUUUAAGCUUCAUCAUGUCAGAAACCCGCAUAUACGAACCCAGUAUCAGCAGAACUUUUCUACCAUAUCUUUCGCUAUUAAAUCCUAAAAUAGAGAACGAUGAAGAACCAUACCUACGAGACGCUGAGAGGAGCACUUUACGACGCAAUUUUGUAUAUGGAAUCAUUGUCGGACUUCUCAGUGGGUUGUCUAUAAUCCUGGUUCUUUAUACAAUGCUUUCAUACGUUUCCAAUUGGAGGUCGCCAAAUACAUUUUCUCCAGAUUGUAAGUUUGGAGUCCUUAGCGCGUCGAGCGUAUAUCAAUCUUUGAUAAUAAUAUCAAUUAGUUCCCCUUCAUCCCGUCAUUUUCCAAGAAGACGAAAUUUAUGCAGCGGCCUCGAGUCCAGAUACAGAUGCUGCAUGGGAUAAUUUGAUGCCUCGUAACUCCCGUCCAUAAUAGCUCUUCUAAGGAAAAAUCUGGUAAAAUAUUCACAGCUGGGAGAGGCUUUGUUCUUGUCGAAAAUCCGGAGAAAUACGGUCUUCGACCAGGAUUGCCAUCAGUGAAUGGUCCAGAUCAGUAUUCCGUUUCUGUAUUUCACCAACUCCAUUGCCUGGUAAUCUUGCUUUCCUUCAUCUCCCUCUCUUAUUCUCUCCAUCUUGUUUAAACUCAUCCUCUAACACUUCUAGGGCAUGAUCCGCGAAUCCUAUAAUUCCGCCCUCCCGGGAGUCUGGCCUCACAUUCAAGGUGACAAAAAUCUCUCGGACAAAUCAGCGCAGGAAUCAAACAGAGAAUAUAUAGGUCAUUGUUUUGAUUACAUACGUCAAUCACUCAUGUGCUCUGCUGAUAUGACGAUUGAGUGGGCUAUGGAGAUGCCGGAUGGAAAGCCUCCUUUUACAAUUGAUGGAUGGGGAAUUACCCAUAACUGUAGAAAUUGGGAUGAUGUUUUGAAAUGGAUGGCGGAGCAUAAGGAGCCCGGUUAAUUCUUCGGGUAUUGCACGAGGAUUUUGCGUGCUUGACGUAAUGAAUUAAUUAGGUGAUGUUGCUGUUUAUGUAAUUUGGAAUUUUCCCUUUAGCCAGAUAACCUUCUUCUUUUGUAUGCUCCAUAAAUUCGAAUUAAUCAUUGUAUGUUCGCGUCUGAGUUCAUGAGAAAAUCAAUAUCAUACGUACUUUCUCCUCAAAUUUCCUCCAAAUUGUCCCUCUUCCAGUUCUUCUCUUCACAAAUUAACCUUCAAAACCACCUAGUCAUCCUUCUCAAAGGACUCAACACUCAACCUCCAUAACUCAUCCGGAUCCCUACACUGCCUCUCCAUCAUUCCAUCUACAUUUUCCUUCCCCCUAGAAUCAGCCUUCGGUGGUUCAAGCGUCCCAUCUGCAGUACACAAUACAGUCUGGGGUCCAAAAUUAGCGGUGAGCAAUCAAUAUCCUCGAAGCUCAUCUGAUAACCCUCAUGAUCUAAGCGUAAACCACAGAAUAUCCGCGCAACACCCCGAGAAUUCCCUUCCCACGGAAUAAAAGCCCUAAAAAAGACAAGAUGAUAAACAUACCUGUCUCAAAUAAUCAAAACAAUGCAACCAAUGCAA